UUGGCUUGGUUUUGGAGGAUCAACAAUGCAGAGGACAGUCAGAAGAAUGUAUGGAUGAACGAGUGUAACUUAUAUUCCCCAUUUCCAGUUUAUCGUGUGAAUUGGUUGAAAGCUAAAGCACGGUAUGACCGUUGGUCAGAAGAACUGAAAUUGGUACAGCAUGAAAUGUUUUGGACCAUGUCCUGGUUUCGGACACAGGAGGAGAGGUGGAGAGUUCGGGCAGAUGAAAGCAUCAAGAAUGGGAAUAGGGCAUAUGCUGAGAGGCAGGCAUCUAUGUGGGCAGAAUUUUCAGCUCAGGGUCUCAAGAAUUUUGAAGGAAAAUUACUUAUAACAAGUUGA